AUGUGUACUCGCGAUUGUUACCGUCUGUUUGGGUAUUUUCUUGGUUUUCUGUGGAUGGCCAGUUCCGUGUACUAUACAACCGAAACGAUCGAACUACUGAAGCUGAUGAAGCUAAGGUGUGAUAAGAUACCAACCAGAGCACUCGAUACACCGGACGUGGGGCCCGCACGAUUGCAGUUCAGCGAUGCAAUGAUUGGCAAGGUGUGUGACUUCUACACUCAUCUGGAUGUGUUUAUGCCGUAUCACAUAAUAACGACGAUCAUUAAGAUGAUGCCCGGUAUUUUGCUCGUGACGGGAAUAUACACGAGCAACAUAACCUUGGUGCAGGUAUUUGCGUUGUAUGGCAUUUUAGAGGAAUGCUUUUUUGUGAUUGUGUUUUCUAAAAUAUUUGCCGUCCUGCAGUCGUUCGAUCUGAGCAUAUGGAUCUAUUGGAUAAUUGUGAUAUUUUGUGUGAAGCUUUUCUUCUCCAUUUGGAUACUGUUAGGAGUGUACGCGGCAAUCAAACCACGAACUGCAACACGUAAUGCACCUCGUGUCUGA